AUGCUUUGGAACGACCAUGUCCAGAUCACCAUCUGCCUCUUUCUUACUGUACCUGGAAUUGUAGGGAAUAUCCUGGUAUUUGUGAGAUAUGUGUGUAGUAUUCUCAGACAGACUGAGAAAAAACCCAUAGACCUUAUCCUCAGUCACUUGGCACUUUCAAAUACGCUCAUUAUUUGUUGCACGGUUAUCAGAAACAGAGCCAUACUUUUUUAUUUCAAGAUAUUCCUAGGUGAUGCUGGGUGUAAAGUUGUGCUUUUUCUGGGAAGGAUGGCUCGAGGACUCUCCAUCUGCACCACCUCUCUCCUCAUCAUGAUCCAGGCUGUCACCAUCAAUCCCAGGAUCAAACUGUGGAGAAAAUUCAAACCACAGACUGCAGGGCAGGUUCUUCUCUAUCUCCCCCUCUUCUGGAUGUUAAAUUCUUUGAUAAGCUCCAACUUACUGUGUUAUAUCACAUUAGUUAGAAGCAUGAACAGAUCUGUGGUUGGUAAGCUGAGUGAGUACUGCAUUAUGUUACCAUCUAGACAAAUAGUGAAAUGGCUGUUCCUCUCUCUCAUGGCUCUCCGUGAUGUCAUCUUCCAAAGUCUCAUGGGCUGGAGCAGUGUGUCCAUGGUUCUCCAUCUGUAUAAACAUCACAAGCGUGUCUCCUACCUUCAUAGCAGCUCCAAGUGUUUGAACAAUUCCAGCCCAGAAAUCAGAGCCACACAGAGCACUCUCAUUCUCAUGACUUGUUUCCUUUUCUCUUAUUGGGUCGAUUUCAUUUUCUCUUUCUACACAGGUUACACAGUGACUCAAGAUUCAACCACCUUUAUUAUUAAAGGUUUUCUAGAACUUGGUUAUGCUGUUCUCAGCAGCUUUAUCCUGCUCAGCAGAGAUGUCCGUGUGUUGAAAUACUGGAGUGCUCAAAAAUAG